GCCGCAUAAAAUACUCCCUCCUCCUCCAGGAGCAAAUAAAACUUUAGCACACAAAACACGCACAUAAAAAAACGUCGCACGUUAACCCUUUAAACCCGGUACUUGUUAAGUCUAGAGUUAUGUUUUUUCUUCCCUCGCACAUUCCUUUUGUCAUGCAUUAUGCUACAUAUGUGGCCAAAGGGAUAAAUAUGGCCAUUUCUGAAGCCCUGGCAAGACAACAAAUUAUGCAAGUCAGAAACAGCAAAGACCAUCUGCUAAGCUAAGACAUAUCAUUUUAUUUUUAAAAAUGUCUUUAAAGGAUGUCUAUCGGAUUGCAAAGGAGCAACAUCAAGCGGCAUUACGAUCGGCUCCAUCCCGACAUAGUCCUCCAGCGACCGCCACAACCCCUACAAAAACCAAAGUCUCCGAGGCCCCAAAGCGAGACCUUAAAUACCAAAAUGGGACGUCCCCAGAUGGUGGACACCGGCAAGUUGUGCGAAGUGCUAGCCGAUGGAAAGAGAUGCCGCUGCAAGCUUUGCGAAAAAGUGUUAGCCCAUCGGUCGGGAAAUGUGAGGCGCCACUAUAGUAUUUACCACCCUCACAUCAUCGUCCAACUGGCGCCCAAACGUUGGGUCAUCGCCGAGGACAAGCUCAUUCCCAAUCGCCAACGGCUGAACAAUCCGAACAAUCCCACUGAGUGA